AUUUUCAACACAACAAAAAAAGUUAACCGAGAUAGUGGGGUAAGAUGAUGACUCUUUACAACCUCACCAUAUAUCCCUUGAUUAAAAACAAUCCAAACCAUCCUUUAAUAAUCUAAUAUGGGUGCUUUAGUUUCUCUGUUUCUAUGCUUUUGCGUGCAAAUUGGACCGGUUGUUUCGUAUAGCAACAAUACGUUUAUUGGCAAAACCGAAGCAGGUAGUAUUAAGAGAGGCGGACAACGAAAUGGGAGUGGCGGCGGCAACUCCAGCAGCCAGUGAGCGGAAGAUUUGUAAUCUGUCACAGAGCUGCGGAGCCGCUGGCUUCCUCAGAGGAGCCACCGACAAAGAGAGUCAGCGAGGCGACACGCAGGGGAAGGUCCCGGGCUGACUUUCCUCGCCUCUCCACGAUGCUCGCCCGGUGUCAGCGCCGCCUUUUUAACGCAAAUCCCGUCUGAACUUGCCUUAUCCCAACCGGGAGGACAGUUCAAUUUUCACAACCUCAGUUUUAGACGCCGAGACGGCUCUCCUGAAGGACGAAUGACUCCACCGGCUCCCCUCUUGAUUUCAUUCUGCUAAAAGCUCCUGAGCGGGAGGCGACAACAGUUUCUUCAUGGCGUCCCCGCAACAGUCAAGAAUUCAGUCUUAUCUGGAGAGGAAUAAAAUUGGACCCCUCUUUGAGGAGUUGAUGACCAAGCUGAUAACUGAGACUCCAGACCAUCCAAUCCCAUUUCUUAUUGAUCACCUGCAGACCAAGCAAGACAGCCCGGGCAAACUGCACAGAGCUUUCUCUGGAUCAGCAGCUCUGUGGGCACAGAGUUCCCCAGGUUGCUUGAAGAUGGAAACAAAAAGCAAAGGGCUAAAGGAGCAGCAGCAACAUCACAAGAAGCUCUUGGCAGCCAUGUUGUCCCAGGACUCCUUUGAUUUGGUCAACAGUCCCGCUUCCUCUGUCGUAGAAGAAGAGAUUGAAGACGAAGAUGAUGCCAUGGAACUUCUGGGAUCUCCAGUGCCGCGAUCAGUGGAGUGCCCGUCCUGGGACUGGAGGGAGAGCCGGGACUUUGAUGAGCUCAGCCACAUCUUGCAGGAGAGCAAAAAGCUUGGCAAAGCCCUGGAGAGCCUGUCACGAAGCAUUGCCAUCUCUGAUGAGCUUGACCAGCAUUUUCUGGGGUACAACGCAGUUCUGCGUCCCCGGGUGGUGGGCGAGUGGGUCGGUCGUGAGGACAACGACUUAGACCCGCUGGCUGCCGAGAUGCUGCACCCUCCCGUCCCCCGAGCUAAAACCGAAGUGUGCUGGAGCGGAGAGAACAGCCCUGUUCGAAGCUUGAAGAUGGAAACAAAAAGCAAAGGGCUAAAGGAGCAGCAGCAACAUCACAAGAAGCUCUUGGCAGCCAUGUUGUCCCAGGACUCCUUUGAUUUGGUCAACAGUCCCGCUUCCUCUGUCGUAGAAGAAGAGAUUGAAGACGAAGAUGAUGCCAUGGAACUUCUGGAGGACCUGGAUGACCUGCGGAUGGAGGGCGUAACAGGGCUGGCCCCGUCCGGCAGCAAGUUCAGCCAGGGACGCAGUUCCUAUCAGCCUGAACUACAGGCCAAAGUUACCCUCAACAUCUGCUCUAGGUGUGCAAGGCUGCAGGGAGACACACUAUCAGACAGCCGAUCUGAAGAGGAUCACAGGCCUCGCAUAUCUGAGCAAGCUGUGCCUGACAUCUCCUCGCCAAUGCCCGGGGUGGACACUGUGGCGAGUCGACUUCAGGAAUGCGAGGCCUUAUCUCAAGUAACAGGCUCUCGUCAGGCUGUCUGGGAGGCUGAUCUGAAGUCUGCGAGAGGUGGGAGUUCUGUUGGGCAGACGGGGCUGCUGCUUGGCGACUCCCUCUUUUCCAAAGAGCUGGAGAACAUGGGCAAACAGCUUGCUGAGGUUGAGAAAGACCUGGCCAAGCUGGCAGAAGUCGGAAAGAUGACCAGUCGGAGCACCAACAAUCCACAUGGAAGUCUACUCCACACCCCACUACGGCACCGGACGCUACCAGACACCCUUCCUCUCACCAGCCUCAUCUCCAGGCCUCAGAUUCCAGCCGGUGGCAUCUCAGGCAAGUCCUGUGGUAUCGGCCUCCCCUUGCUGAGCCCCAAGCCCACCUCCCUAUCCAUGUCCAUGUCAAUGGGCCGGACCCCCAGCAACCCUGGUAGCAGAACUCAAACCCCCAGAACACCCAGCAGACCCCUGACCCCGAACAGCUUAUUGACGCGCUCCUCCUUUAACCCCGGUGCUCAUAAAGAAGUAACAUUCCGGAGGUCAAGGAGCCGACCUGUGACACCCACAAGUCAGCCGCCACUUCCUCGACCACUGCUCACCCCUCCGGGACUAAGUACCACAGACAGCCUUGGUGCCAGCCUUCGGGCGUAUCUGUCUGAGGAUGAGUUUUACCAGCAGCUUCAGGCCAUCAGACAGCCCUGGCAUAUUCCCAGUGACACAGACAGUGACAUCAUGGAGCCUCCUGAACAGGAUAAAAGUAGUUCACGGGAUGCCAACAAAAGAUCCGUGUUUUCAGGCCUAUAGUGAUGAAAACCAGAAGACUUGAUCCAAUCAAACAAUUAUGCAAAACACUGGAUAUUUUGAAUAACUGUUCAAAGAUGAUUAUUUUUGUAAAGCAUAUGAAUGACUAUAACAAAAAAGAUUGUAUACUUUUUUCACCCUGUUUCAUAAACAUUGUACUGUAACUGAAUGAUCAACUGAGAAAAUCUUACUUGAAACUAAGGGUUAUGCCUUUUAUUUUUGUUUGCAUUGAAGCAUGAUAUUGAACUUGUGUAUAGAGACCAGUAACAAGAAGCAUUUCGUUCCUAACGGACUCCUUUUCUAGACCUAGUGCAGAUUUACACUGUCGGGACAGCACACCCAUUUAAUCAAAGUGUUUAUCGACAUGGACUGUUAAAAGAAUUUGUGCUUUUCAGAUGGAAAAAAAACCCAAAUUGUUGAAGGGAAUACAUGGAAUGCUGUUAAAUUAAUUAAACCGUUUUAGUGCACUUU